AGGACUCCUGCGUUAGGGAUGUGGGGCGGAAGUGGCAGAGAAGGGAAUGGGGGUGUUGAAUUUGGAUUUUGGAGGGGACGCUGGUGGACGGACUGACUUCGUACAAGGAGUUGGUGUCGAUGGAGGAUCAGGACGCCAGGGUCCCAGCCCUGGAACCAUACAGGGUGGAGCAGGCGCCACCUGUAAUCUACUAUGUCCCUGACUUCAUCUCCAAGGAAGAGGAGGAGUAUUUGCUUCGACAGGUCUUCAAUGCCCCAAAGCCAAAGUGGACCCAGCUUUCCGGGAGGAAGUUACAGAACUGGGGUGGGCUCCCCCAUCCCCGGGGGAUGGUUCCUGAGCGGCUGCCACCGUGGCUCCAGCGCUAUGUGGACAAAGUGUCUGACCUCAGCCUUUUUGGGGGUCUCCCAGCCAACCACGUCCUUGUGAACCAGUAUCUGCCUGGGGAGGGCAUCAUGGCAUUCGCCUCCCAGCUGGGGAGCCCCCCUUUUGCCCCAGAGGGUGGGGGGUGUGGACUCCUGCCCUGUCCAGCCCUGGUGCCCACUCCCCAGCCCCACGAGGACGGGCCACUCUACUACCCGACCGUCAGCACCAUCAGCUUGGGCUCCCACACCAUGCUGGACCUCUACGAGCCUCGGCAGCCAGAGGAUGAUGACCCUACAGAGCAGCCCCGGCCCCCGCCCCGGCCGGCCACCUCGCUGCUGCUUGAACCCCGCAGCCUGCUGGUGCUCCGUGGCACCGCCUACACGCGCUUCCUCCAUGGCAUAGCAGCCGCCCGCAUAGACGCUCUGGACGCCGUCUCCCUGCCGCCCAACGCAGCCGCCUGCCCCUCGGCGCAGCCCGGAGCGCGCCUGGUCCGCGGCACCCGCAUCUCGCUGACCAUCCGCCGCGUGCCCCGCGUGCUGCGCGCUAGCCUCCUGCUCAGCAAGUGACUCCAGGCCCUCGGACCCGCUCAGAUUCCUGAGCUCUCGCCUGCUCUGGACAACUACCGCCCUGUGACCUUGGAACCCUGGGGCAGAAGCGGCUCCCGCGGGUUAUUUUCCUUGUAACUGUGUGGGAACCACAGGAAAAGGCCCCAUUCCAAAUAAACAACUACAAAAUCUUCA